AUGCCGGUCAUGAACAUCGGUCCCGUCCCUCAAUCUCAUGAUGGGUUUUACGCAAGGAAUAAUCCGUAUCAGGUGAACGGACCAAAAGGGUUUACUGAGUUCAAGCUCAUGGAAGAGAAUGAGGAUCUGUACGCUAGGUUUGAUUUCCCUGGUGUCACCAAAGAAAGUGUGAGAAUCCUUGUGGAGCCAUUGAAGAAGGCUGUUUUUGUGUUCGGAGACGCACCGAAAGAGUUUAGACACGAUUCUUCUCACCGCAAAUACGGAGCCGUAACGGGACUUGUCUGCGAUUGUUGUGAGAUCAGUAACAUUCAGUGUUUUGUUGGAGAUGGUGUCGUCAGGCUCAUUCUCUCCAAGAAGAAGAUCAAUCUUCAUUUCCCUUCCUCAUUUGGAGGUGCCACAAUGCCUAAUGUUCCUUUCCUUGCUUGCGUAAUUAAUGGGUAUAACCCAGAAGUAUCUGACGUUGUUCAUGGGAUGUGUGCUGAUUCUAUGGUUGCAGUCGCAGGUGGCCAUCCUCUUGAUCCGGCGUUUACAGGUCCGGUCACACUACCACACCCUUCAGUGUUGGAGGGAUCCACGAGUGCCUACGAAUCAAAGCAUCUCCCAAACGGCGGUCUCUUCCUGCGUAUUGACAUGCCCGGCGUCCCCAAUGAUCGUUUCAUGAUGACGGUUGAAAGUGACGGUGGCAUCACUGUUAUCGGAAGAGCUCCUCCGGCUUUGCACGACUCGAGCGGGCGUGAGUACAGAGGCAAGGUCGCCGUCGUUCCUCUAGCCUAUGACAACCGUCGGAUCAAAGUAAUUGCUAAACAUGGUGUCAUCCGCCUUAUUAUCCCUCCUUUCUAG